AUGGAUAUCAUCUGGCGGGACACUUGUUCCGCCGCGCUGUACGAGGGGGCCUGUUUGGCACGGGUCUUCAACUCUCGCCGCCCUGACCAGCAUCCAGCGGCUAUUGUGCGUGCUAGAACAGAGUCCGACAUCAUCGAAGCAGUUCAGCUAGUGCGCAAUUCGAACCUGCAGAUCACUGUCCGCUCUGGCGGUCACUCAUUCCCGGCUUGGAGCCUUCGCGAGAAUUCUCUCCUGAUCGACCUUGGCGACUACCGUGAAGUCGAGGUUGAUGCAGAAAGAAAAGAAGCCUGGAUAUCUUCUGGGAUGAAAAGUGACAUAGACUUGCAGUUGAUGAAGGACCAUGGACUGAUGCUGGGUGCGGGUCAUCACCCCGGUGUUGGAAUCGGGGGUUACUUGCUCCAGGGAGGGCUAUCCUGGAAUUGCAGGAACUGGGGUUGGGCUUGUGAGAGGGUCAGGGCUGUUGAUGUGGUCACGGCAGAUGGGAGUCUGGUCCGUUGCUCUGCGGAAGAGAACAGGGACUUGUUCUGGGCUGCGCGGGGAGCUGGGCCUUAUUUCCCCGGCAUUGCCACCCGGUUUCUUGUGCAGCUUCUCCCUGCACCCAUGGUCUUCCGUUCGUCCGGGUACAUAUAUCCCAAAAAUAGGUAUACAGAGGCCUUUAAUUGGAUCCUUGCUCUCACACCUGCUUUUGACAAAGACACGGAAAUCGUGGCCGUCUGCCGAUAUCCUGACGGUAUCGACGAGACCUGCUUUACAGUGUACUUUAUCACAAUGAAGGACAGUGUGGACGCGGCUUGGAGCGCCUUGCUGCCCGCACAACAAACCCGUCCGGAGGGCACAAUUCAAGAGUGGUUCUGUCGAGAGGAUAGCCUCGAGCAGGAAUACGCGAACGAAGUUAGCGCUUACCCGGGAGAUCGUCGCUGGGUGGUGGAUAAUGCCUUCAUCGAGAACGAGGCAGAUUUGGCUGCUGUGCUGGAGCAGAUCUGUCUGUCACUGCCAGACAGGCGGUUUGUUGUGCUUUGGUAUCCGCUGGCCCCGCAGAGUCGUCGUCGAUUGUCAGACAUGGCUUUCAGUCUGCAAUCGGAUCACUACGUUGGUACAUACGCCAUUUACGAGAGCGAAAGCGAUGAUGAAAGGUGCCGUUCGUGGAUCCAAGACACAGCAGAAAAGCUGGAGCCAUUUCGUGUCGGCUCUUUCUCCGGCGAAGCCGACUUUCAAGCUCGGGUUGUUAAAUGCUGGGCCGACAAGGAGUUCGAAAGAUUGACUCAAGUACGACAAAGAAGGGACCCUGAGGGACGCUUCUGUGGACCAUUGGCCGGCGUGGAUGCGUAA